AGCACGUGACAAGAGCGCAGCAUGACAGAAAGGAAAACUUUCCAUCGUCUUCCUACAGCCGUUGUUCCUACCAACUACGUCAUCAGGCUACAUCCCGAUCUUGUCGGAUUUACAUUUGCCGGUCACGAAAACAUCCGCGUCGAUGUGAGAGAGUCUGUGAAAGCUGUGACAGUGAACUGUCUGGAUAUUGAGAUCAAGACCGCAAAAUUCAAUUCAUCGAAUGUGUCUCUGACUGGGACGGUGAGCUACAGUGUUGAGGAUGAAACAGCUACAAUCAGCUUUCCCGAUGCACUUCCCAUCGGAAGUGGUCAAUUGAGUGUAGAUUUUGUUGGCGAACUGAACGACAAAAUGAAAGGUUUCUAUCGCAGUAAAUACACACAUCCGAAUGGAGAGACACGCUAUGCAGCUGCCACUCAGUUUGAGCCAACUGAUGCUCGUAGAGCGUUUCCUUGUUGGGAUGAGCCUGCAGUGAAGGCCACAUUUGAUAUCACGUUGGUGGCUCCGAAGGAUCGAGUGGCUCUCUCUAACAUGAAUGUCGUCGAGACGACUGAUCACGAGACCGAUUCGAAUCUCAAGAUUGUUCGAUACGCUCAGUCUCCGAUCAUGUCAACAUAUCUGUUGGCAUUUGUGGUGGGUGAGUACGACUUCAUUGAGGAAAAGUCAUCGGAUGGUGUUUGUGUGAGAGUGUACACUCCAUUGGGCAAAAGUGAACAAGGGAAAUAUGCUUUAGAGGUUGCUGUGAAAACAUUGCCAUUCUACAAGGAAUAUUUUGGUAUUGCUUAUCCACUUCCCAAGAUGGACCUCAUCACAAUAGCAGACUUUGCAGCUGGAGCUAUGGAGAACUGGGGACUCAUUACCUACAGGGAAACUGCUCUUUUGGUUGAUCCUCAGAAUACGUCCACACAAGCCAAACAGUGGGUAGCACUUGUUGUAGGUCAUGAGAUUGCUCACAUGUGGUUUGGUAAUCUGGUGACGAUGGAGUGGUGGACACAUCUGUGGUUGAAUGAAGGAUUUGCCACGUUUGUGGAGUAUCUGUGUGUCGAUCAUUGCUUUCCUGAAUACAACAUUUGGAAUCAAUUUGUUGCGAUGGAUUUGAAUAGAGCUCUUGAGCUUGAUGCUUUGAAAAACAGCCAUCCAAUUGAGGUUCCUGUUGGUCAUCCAUCUGAAAUUGAUGAGAUCUUUGAUCUUAUUUCAUACAGCAAGGGAGCAUCCGUCAUUCGCAUGCUGCACAACUGGAUAGGAGAUCAGGACUUUCGAAAAGGCAUGAAUAUCUAUUUGAACAAGUUCAAGUAUAAAAAUGCUGCAACAGGUGAUUUGUGGGAGAGUCUUGAAGAAGCCAGUGGUAAGCAGGUUGGAAAGGUCAUGCACACAUGGACAGCACAGAUGGGAUUUCCAGUACUGAAAGUCACUGACAAACAGGAAGGAUCUUCACGUGUCCUGGAGUUCACACAAACGAAGUUUUCAGCUGAUGGUGAAACUGCAGUUGAAGGAGAUGCUGCUCCACUGUGGCUUGUUCCCGUGUCGAUCUCGUGCGGCAGCAAACCCGGCAAAACUCACACAACCGUCGUUCUUGACAAACGCACAGUGAACGUCAAGUUAGACAAUGUUGGCCCAACAGAAUGGAUAAAGGUCAAUCCUGGUCAAGUUGGAGUUUACAGAGUCCACUAUUCUACUGACAUGCUGAGUCGCUUGUUGCCUGCAAUCAAAUCGAAGACUCUGCCAUCGAGAGACAGGCUGGGACUUGCAAAUGAUCAAUUUGCAUUGAGUAACACGGGUGUGUCAUCUACAGUGGAGUAUCUACGUCUUGUCGAGUCAUUUACAGAUGAAGACGAGUACACAGUCUGGUUGGAUAUUGCUGGCAAUUUACAUCGUUUAGGGACACUACUGACACACACUGACUACGAAUCCGCAUUUGAGGCAUUUAAUCGAAGACUCUUUCAAAAAAUAGGAAUGCAACUAGGAUGGGAUCCAAAGGAAAAUGAAGGUCAUUCCGAUUCUCUUCUCCGCUCUCUUGUAAUCUCUCGUCUCGGACGAAACGGACACAAAGAAACCGUCACAGAAUCACACAAACGACUUGAAGCUCACGCCUCUGGAAAAACCUUACUUCUUGCUGACCUAAGGAGCCCAAUCUACAGCAUAGCUCUCAAAACAGGAGACGAACGUGUGUAUGAGACGCUCCUGAAGUUGUUUCGAUCGGCUGAUUUGCAUGAAGAGAAGAUGCGUGUUGCUCGUGUCUUGGGCUCGACACGUGAUGCAAAGCUUAUCGAACGGACACUCAACUUUGCGAUUUCGGAUGAAAUUCGUUCACAAGAUACUGUGUUUAUCAUUCUCAGCUGCAGUGGAUGCAAACUUGGUCGUGACAUGGUGUGGCAGUUUGUUCAAGACAAAUGGCAGAUGUUACAUGAAUCCUACCAAGGCGGAUUUCUGCUGUCUCGACUUGUGAAGUCAAGCUGUGAGGACUUUGCAAGUGAAGAAAAAGCAAAAGAGAUUGAGGCGUUCUUUGCUGCUCAUCCUGCUCCUGCUGCUGAACGAAGUGUCAAGCAAGCUGUUGAGCGAGUUCGCUUGAAUACUGCAUGGUUGGCUCGUGACUCACACAUCAUGAAAUCGUGGCUUCAAGAACGAGAAGGCAAGACGAUCGUGUAGCCAAACUUGUUAAACGGUGACGUGUGUGCAGGUUGACUUAUGUUGAUUGUUGAGGAAUGGUGCAUGUGAUUGGUUGCUUCUGGUGCUUGUUUGAUCAAUGCAUUUUUGAAUGAGAAA